CAUUCUGUUCAGCCAUUUAUUUCCUGUUUUACUUUGCAUGAGGUUUUUACACAUCGUUUGUAUUUAUUGCUUGAAAACACAUUGUGGUCUCGCUUCACGUUUUAUCAUUUAUUAUCAAAAUUGUACUUUACAUAAAGUAGAAAGAUGGAAGACAAACAAUCUAGAAUGAAAACCGAAGUAAACAGGAAAAGAGAAAGUGAUAAUAAAACCAAGUCUGGAGUUUUGUAUACAGUUCAGGAGUCGCCGCCUUGGUAUUUGUGCAUUCUCUUUGGAUUUCAGCAUUUUCUGACAGCUUCUGGAAGUCUUAUAUCACUGCCCAUUCUACUAAGCAAAUUUUACUGUAUGGAUAAUGACUACAAUGCUCUCAGUGAAAUAAUCAGUACUGUCUUUUUUGUCUCUGGUAUCGUAACACUCCUGCAAACUACGUUUGGUAUCAGGUUACCAAUACUACAGGGUGUGUCUGCAAGUUUUUUGACUCCAAUUAUUUCAAUACUGAAUCAGCCGCAGUGGAAAUGUCCAUACACAGAAGCGAGGGAAAAAUAUGGGGCAAAUGUGACAUUCACAGACGUAGGAUUGCCAGCUGUUGGUAGUACUGGACAUCAAGAAAUCUGGCAUAAACGAAUUCGAGAGGUCCAAGGAGCUAUAAUAGUAGCGUCUUUGUUUCAAAUCGUAAUCGGCUUCACCGGUGUGAUGGGUUUUGCUCUGCGUUUCUUCGGUCCUCUGGUUAUAACACCGACACUGGUUUUGGUUGGUUUAUCCCUUUUCCAAACUGGGGCUGUCCUGGCAUCCCAACAAUGGUGGAUUGCUUUAAUGACAAUGCUGCUCAUUACCAUAUUUAGCCAGUAUCUUAGGAAAGUCGAAAUGCCUUGCUUUCCCUGCUGGAAUAAGAGGAAUGAAACACCUUUGAAGUUGCCGGUGUUUACAUUGUUCCCGGUAUUGAUGGCGAUGUUGAUAUCGUGGGGAGUAUGUGCUAUAUUAACAGCGACAGGGGUUCUACCAGAAAACCCCGGGGAAUGGGGCUACGCUGCCAGGACUGAUAGAAGUUUACAAGUUUUGAGAAACGCUGAUUUUUUUAGGUUCCCAUAUCCAGGUCAAUGGGGCUUACCAACAGUUACCGUUGCAAGUGUAUUUGGAGUCUUAGCAGGAGUUUUGGCAGCUAUGUUGGAGUCCAUUGGGGACUAUUACGCAUGCGCAAAAUUAUCUGGAGCCCCACCUCCUCCAGCCCAUGCAAUAAUCAGGGCCAUUCUGGUAGAGGGAUUCGGGUGUUUUCUUGCUGGAAUAUGGGGUACAGGACAAGGAACAACAUCAUUUGGACAGAAUACUGGAACUAUUGGUAUCACUAAGGUCGGAAGCAGAAUUGUUGUUCAGAUUGCAGCCUGCAUAAUGAUAGUACUUGGUUGUUUCGGGAAAUUUGGGGCAGUAUUUGCUUCUAUACCACAGCCAAUUGUUGGAGGAGUGUUUAUGGUAACAUUUGGUAUGAUAACAGGGGUAGGACUUUCCAAUCUGCAGUAUGUAAACUUGAAUUCACCUCGGAAUAUCUACAUUGUGGGUCUGUCUAUAUUCUUUGGUCUCAGUUUACCUGUCUGGAUGAAGGGACACCCUGACGCCAUUAACACAGGGAGCGAUGUUGCAGACCAGAUUCUGUCUGUGUUACUCGGUACAAACAUGUUUGUUGGUGCUACUGUUGCCUUUAUACUUGAUAAUACUGUUCCAGGUACACUUGAAGAGCGAGGUAUCAUCGCCUGGCUUCAAGAAGGUACUACAAACACAGAGACCAUCGUGAAUAGGAAAAGAGUGUAUGGACUUCCACUGAUACAGAAAGGACUUGAUAAUAUUUCUGCUUUAAAAUAUUUUCCAAUAUGUCCGUCAUUUUCAAAAGAAAAGGAAAGUACAACUCAAAGUAGUAUUGAACAAAAACAGUCCGUGUCAGACAUGCGAGAUUCCGAUCUCAGUGGUGUUGACAAUAAAACUUUUGAUUUGGACAUAGAUCUUGAUACACGAAUGUGAUUGAAAACACAUACCCAAAGAUAUUUCAAUAAAACACAUCUCCAUAAAUCAAAGAAAUGUCCGUAAAAUAGAGAAAAGUGGAAACUUCACAGGUCUCUCAACACGACAGAAACGAAAAUGUUGCAGGCUCGGUUUGAUUGAGCCUGUUCGUGGACGGUAACCCGCAUAUACUUGUGUUUGUUGGGAUGAUUAAAUAAACAUUGCGGUACAAACAUUCAUGUUAGAAAUCAUUUAAUUCGCUCUCACUCCUGAGCAUAACAGUAACUUAUCAUUUGUUAUUUUGAUUAUAUCUUAUACGUUUUUAAUUAAAAGUAUUGUGCUGGU